GUGUAUGUGUUUUGUGCUUCUCCUUGUGUAUGUGUUUUGUGUGUCAAUCAGUGUCGCUGUCGACACGACGCAGUUCUGAGAACGGGGCUUGAGACUGCCAGGAAAAAGUUGAUUCGUAAUCUACAACCUCAAAAUACAGUGUAUACCAAUUUUUGUGCAAAUCAUGUGUGAUGAGUAAAUCGGACGAUUCCCAGCUUUUCCAAUAAUUACCAUUUUUUUUCUGUUAAGUGUGACAUCUACAUAUGUGAUUUUCGCCCCGUCCGUUUAUGGCUACGGAAGAACGAAUCCCGCACUAUCCCAAAAAUGGACCUAAAAGCUAUUUUAAAAGAAAAACUAAAGAAAUUGGAUGAAAAUUCUGUUUCAUAUGAAGAACCUCUUAGAAAUGAAGACAAGAUUUUUCAAGACUUAUUGCAUGAAUGGGGUAAAGUAUCUAUCAAAAGUAAAAUAAUUCCAAGGUUUUUUAACAGGAUUCCUAGUGAAACAGAACCUUUAAGGCAAAAGUUACGUGAAGAAAGCAGGUCAGAUUUGUUGAAGCGAAAAAGUCUUCCUCUUCUUGAUAGAAAUGAGUUAAAUGAUUUAUGGAUGUUAUUAGAUCAGCAUCAAAGCUUUCCAGAUGAACAGUUAAUUACAUACAGUGAUUUUCAGAAAGUCUCACAACUAGCCAGUCCAAAAUCAAAGCCUUACUUCAAACCUAGUCUGUUUGCAAAAUUACAGCAAGGUGAUCCUCAGGGCAGAGUAUCUAUAAUUUCAUUGUUCAACUAUGUCAUGAGAAAAGUAUGGCUAGACCAUACAAGAGUUGGCUUAUCAGUAUAUGAUAGUAAUGGUCAAGGGUAUCUUACCGAAACAGAAUUGGAAAACUAUAUUACUGAUUUGUUACCGACACUAUGUCAGUUGGAUGGUUUAGAGAAAUCAUUUCAUAGUUUCUAUGUUUGUACAGCUGUAAGAAAAUUUUUAUUCUUUUUGGAUGUAGUGAGGGUCAAUAGGGUAAGAAUAUUAGAUAUCUUAGCAUGUUCGUUCUUGGACGAUUUAUUAGAAUUAAGAGAUCAGGAUUUAAGUAAAGAUUUGCAAGAACAGAACUGGUUCAGUGCACCAUCAGCUUUGCGAAUAUAUGGGCAUUACCUGAACUUAGAUAGGGAUCACAAUGGAAUGCUUAGCAAAACUGAAUUAUCUGGUUAUGGUUCUGGAACCCUAACACAACCAUUUCUAGACAGAGUUUUUCAAACGUGCCUUACUUACGGUGGCGAAAUGGAUUAUAAGACUUAUUUAGAUUUAGUUUUAGCUCUAGAAAAUAGAGGAGAACCACAAGCACUGACUUUCCUUUUUAAAAUAUUGGAUAUAAAGGACUGUGGCUAUUUGGAUGCAUUCACAUUAAACUAUUUUUUUAGAGCAAUUCAAGAGCAAAUGAAGGUGAAUGGUUCUGAACAACCAAUAUCAUUCCAUGAUGUCAAAGAUGAACUCUUUGAUAUGGUUAAACCGAAAGAUCGAGAAAAAAUUACUUUAAAUGAUUUGAUUACCUGCGGGCAAGGAGACACUUUCGUCAGUAUUCUCAUUGAAUUUCACGGAUUCUGGGCUCAUGAGCACAGAGAAACUAUAUCAUCCGAACCUCAGGAUACUUUGUGAUAUUGUUUAAUAUUUACUUUAAUAAAUCAAACUGAUUUCCUAAU